CCGUCCUAUAGUGAAUCAGGCAGAUACCUCGUCACAGUAAUGCAAUGAAACGUUACUUGAUAGCCACGAUUAUCUGUGCGACUAUCAGUACGGUGUGCUGCUGUGAUGUCGUCAAGCUAACUUUCCCGAGUGGUUUUAGUUUAGGAACUGGCAGCGCGGCGUAUCAAGUCGAAGGUGCCUGGAAUGUCAGCGACAAGGGAGAAAACGUUUGGGAUUACUAUGUGCAUAACCAUCCUGAAAUCAUAGCUGACGGAAGUAAUGGAGAUGUUGCAUGCAAUUCUUACUACAAGUACAAGGAAGAUGUGGCUCUUAUCAAAUCCACUGGAUUUGAUUUUUAUCGAUUUUCCGUGAGUUGGUCGCGCGUCCUUCCAACUGGUUUUGCAAAUGUAAUCAGCGAAGAUGGCUUGCAGUACUACAAAAACUUGACCGCUGAAUUAGUAGCGAACGGUAUUGAGCCUAUUGUGACAUUAUAUCACUGGGAUCAUCCACAAGUAAUAGAAGAGAUGGGGGGAUGGACAAACGAACUGAUAGUUGACUGGUUCGUAGCUUACGCCAGGAUAUUGUUUGAAGCACUAGGAGACAGCGUCAAAAGAUGGGUAACCAUAAAUGAACCUGAUUCUAUCUGCGGGGAUGGCUAUGAAAGCACGAGGCUUGCUCCGGGAAAGAUCAUAACAGAUAUCGGGAAGUACCUUUGCGGACACAACGUUAUAAAAGCCCAUGCCAAAACUUAUCGCAUGUACGAGGAAGAGUUUCGAGACAGGCAAGGCGGUGUCAUUGGUAUCGUACUUCCUGUUUCGGGAUAUUUGCCAUACAACUCCAGCUAUGAGGACGCGGCUGACACCGCGUUUCAGUUCAACUGCGGGUGGAUGGCACAUCCCCUCUAUUUUGGGGAUUAUCCAGAAAUUAUGAAGACCAGAGUAGCCUUGGUCAGUGAAUCUCAGGGUUACCCCAGGUCACGUCUUCCAGAAUUUUCCGACGAAUGGAAAGCAAUUAUCAACGGUACGAACGAUUAUCUUGGUAUAAAUCAUUAUACGUCCAGAUUUGUAUAUAAUGACCCCGACGAAGAGCUUGGAAUUUACAACUCCGACAGUGGUUUGCUAAUGACUGUUGAUUCGAGCUGGCCCGUUGCGACUUCAUCUUGGUUAUAUGUAUAUCCUGAAGGAUUCGGAUAUAUGCUUCGUAAGGUUCGAGAUGAGUACAAUAAUCCAUCGACAUGGGUUAUGGAAAAUGGCUACUCUGGUGCCGACAAUUUAGAAGAUUACGACCGAAUCAAUUACUUCUACGAGUAUCUAAAAGAAAUGCUGAUUGCUGUUAAGCGGGAUGGAUGCAAUGUCGAAGGCUAUGGUGUUUGGAGCAUUCUCGAUAAUUUUGAAUGGGCCGAUGGUUAUACGAAUCGAUUUGGUAUUAUCCGAGUAGAGUUUGACGACGCUGAUACGAAUAGAACCACCAAAUUAUCACAGGCCUGGUGGAAAAAAGUUCUGUCAAAACGCAAGCUUCAGUCAGUCCCUACACCAACCACCAACACUAAUACUCGUACUGGGCUACCUUGGCAGAAAUGAUUGAGAAUAUUUGCUGCAGAGGUAUUGCAAUUGUCAUUUACAUUUGAAAAAACAGCCUAAGAAAACCAUGCUAUUUAUGAGAAUAUUCUAUGGCGAA